CUUCUUCUUUUUUGACUGUUCUCACCAAACGCAUACAACUUCUUUUAUAUACCUUCUUUUUAUCAUACAUGGUAGUCUGGCCGUCAUCAUAUGGCCCACCAAACAUAUCCGUGGUUCUCGGUAAUCCCGCAGAUACCCAAAAUGCAGACACCGGUUUAGUUUCAAGACAUCUUUCCCUGUCUCUCUUUCGAAUUCCAGUCCUUCAAGCUCACAGACGAUUGAUGAGCAGUGUACCUCAACUAGGAACCCUAGACGCCCAAAAGGACGGCUCGGUCUUACCAUGCCAUCGCUCCGUACUCGUAGCCCACUCAUCCUACUUUGCUGCCCUGUUGGAAGGCGACUUCCAAGAGAGCCAGAUGUCGACUGUCUAUUUACCGCACGAACUGUCCGAUGCUCCGUCCAUAAAAACCACCCUCGAAUUCAUGUACGACCAUAAACUAAGACUAUCCUGCUCGCCAGCAGAAUCUCUUAAGCUACUCCAGACCACCUAUCUCGUAGCAGACUAUCUCGACAUCCCUCUUCUCAAGCAAGCCUUAUUAGACGAAUGGAACAAGAUAUUGCACAAUUGGACGUGUAACUGUCCAGGAUGUUCAUCAGCUGUCCCGCUUGUACUCCAGUUUGCACGCCAGUAUCCUCAUGAUGAACAUUUGGAAGCGAUACACAAGAAAAUCUAUCUUCUCUUGACUCAUGAUCCAGAUAAAGCCCUGGCUGCAUUCUGGACAGAAAAAUCAUUGGCUACCCUAUUACUAUUCGACAAACAUUUCGCACAAUCUCUUCACAUGGAUAUCAUCAGUCGUAUCGGCCAGCACAACGCAAUCGAAUCUCUGUUUGCUUGUUUUAGCGCCGCCAAGCAACUGGCCACCAAAGACCCACUCUUCAAUUGGAGCGAGCCACUUCACAUCACCCUGGCUGCUGCCGAAGCACGGGCAACAAAGAUCAUCGCAACCCAUUUUGAUUUUUACUGCUCCAGCUAUCCUGCCCUGUUGUCCUGUAUUGAUGGUGUCACCUAUUCGUUUGAUUUCCUCGAAUACCUCCUCAACCAAAUUCUCGAAGACGAAAUGGACUGUACAAACGCCGGCGUAUUGUACCAGGGCAUCGUCCGUGACCUGAUGGGAAGGCAGGAAGUCCAGAGCCACGAACGAGUCAGCUCGAUUCUUCAGGGUGCAAAGUAUCAAAUUCUCUGCUUUGUUGCAGACCAGUUUGAUCAAGUCAAACAGACCAAUCAUCUCAACAAUCUUGAUUCUGAUAUCCUCCAACAACUAGCCAAAGAGUUGACUGUCCCACCACGAUCCAUUGUACCUACCUGGCAUGCCUCAAACCAUUCCAAGCAAUCCUUUUUGUCUUUUUUCUCUGCCUCGGGAGAUUUACGUUUUGCACUACAUCCCCGCCGUCGUCCAUUUCAACCUUCACCUCAACCACUCUCUUCUUGUCCAGAGCCUUUUGUGUCACGUCUGGCGAGCUACAUAAAAAGAUUGUGGGCAAAAGAACCUCCCCUAAAAGGACGUGCGACUUACUCAAGAUCCACUUCGACAUUCUCUGGCCAGAGUCGUUCGACCUUUAGUUCACGAUACAAUGAAAAGCUACGAAAACGGUCCUUUGAGGUCAGACAUGUCCAUGAACAAUCGACUUGAUCUGUUCUAUUCUGCUCUGUUCUGUUUUGAUAUAUUAUUUCUUUUUUCUUAUUCAUUGUUUUUAUUAUUGCAUAUCUUCUCUUCCUCUUUCUCUUCCUCUUCCUCUUCUUCCUCCUAUAUCUAUCUUUCAAGUAUAUAUAUAUAUAAAUCCAUUAUUUUUUCUUAUUGCUUUUACUUGUUCCUCUUUUCAUUUUUCAUUUAUUUUUUUUGCACAUUUGUAAGGACUUUUUAGGUCAAAACCCUGUCAUGUAUGACAAAGGGACAUUGACCUUCUUUUUUUUUGUAUUUAUUAAUUCGAAUAGAAUAAAUAGGCUUCUUUUUUUUUGUAUCGUU